AUGGGUUGCCUCAAGGGUCCCUCACAUGUUUCCUGGAUUUCAAAGCGGCUUUUCUGCGCCGAUUUACCAGCAGGGCCGACUGAGCCCCUAAGAAAAUAUAUCAACCGCUUCAAUCAAGUGACUCAAGAUGUUCCCACUGCCACUUCAGAGAUUCUGAUGAGCGCCUUUUCCCAUGAUUGGGGGAAGUUUGCUAGAGACUCCAAGCGAGCUGCUGAGAUGAGUUUGCCCCCACCUGAGCUAGCUCCUCAGUUGAUCAAAAUGAUGGAAGAACAAAGGGCGGCGGGACCAGCAGGACCAUCUCGCUCUGAUCUCGCAGGACCUAGCAGUCAUCAACCUAGCGGGGGAAAAGAGCCAGAAGGAUCACGAGAAGUCGAGAACAGAGGCAAUACGGCCGUCAGAAAGAUCGGCAUGAUCUCUGGGGAGCCGACCGACGGGGACUCAGGGAGAGCGCGCAAGUCUCAUGUGCGGCGAUUGGAGGUUCAUGCUGUCGGAUGUAGUCAAGAGCAGGCUGCUGACCCUGUCAUUAGCUUUGGACCAGCAGACUUGGAGGGUUUGGAAUUGCCUCAUGACGAUGCGCUCAUCAUCAAGGCUAUCAUUGCUAACAACCGAGUAGCUAGAGUUUUUGUUGACACCGGGAGUUCGGUCAACAUUCUAUUCAGGACCGCAUUUGAAGAAAUGCAGAUUGACGCCGUUGAGCUUCAACCAGUAGCUACCUCUUUAUAUGGAUUCACGGUGGGCGAGCAGGUCAGGGAAGUUAGGGGAGAACAAAAGGUCUCUCAGCGAUGUUAUAUCGAUAUGGUCCGAGUUGAGGCUCGGAAACAUCAAAGGACGCAGGACGGAGGUGUUUAUGUCGUUCAAGAGGAGCUUCUUCCCAUCUCUGAGGAGCCCAUCCCCUGGGAAGAAGUGCAGUUGCAUGCUGGGCGACCUGCGAGUCUGACCAGGGUUGCAAGCGAUUUACCUUCUUCCCUCAAAGAAGAAUUGAUUCAGUGCUUAAUCCGCAAUAGGGAUGUCUUUGCCUGGUCUACGGAGGAACUUCCUGGGGUUAAGCCAGAGGUGGCUGAGCACAAGUUGCAUUUGCUACCUGAGUCCCGGCCUGUGAAGCAGAAGAAAAGGAAUUUUUCAGCUGACCAGAAUAAAAUAAUAAGAGCAGAGGUGGACCAGCUCAAGAAGACAGGACAUGUUCGAGAAGUGCAAUUUCCUUCAUGGCUUUCCAAUGUGGACUUGGUAAAAAAGUCUAACAACAAGUGGAGAGUAUGUAUAGAUUUCCGAGACCUCAACCGGGCCAGCCCUAAAGAUUGCUACCCUUUGCCCCGGAUUGAUCAAAUGGUGGACUCCACAGCUGGAUGCGAGAGAAUUUGUAUGCUGGACGCUUAUCAGGGAUAUCAUCAGAUACCUCUAGCCCGGGAAGAUAAAGAGAAUUCCCCACUGGCCGAAAACUUGGUCAAAGAUGUGGAGGAAACGUGCAGAACUCUCCGACAGUAUGGGUUGAAACUCAAUCCUUUGAAAUGUCUAUUCGGGGCUAAAGGGGGGAAAUUCUUGGGUUACUUAGUGACCGAGCGAGGAAUAGAGGUCAAUCCUGAAAAAGUACAGGUGCUCAAAGAUAUGCAACCGCCUCAAAAUUUGAAGGAGACCCAGAAGCUGGUCGGAAGAAUAACAACCCUGUCUAGAUUCAUUUCCAGAUCUGCAGAUCGAGCUGCUCCUUUCUUCAAAGUGCUAAGAAAAGCGUCCAAGUUCCAGUGGGACGAAGAAUGCACUAAAGCUUUUGAGGAAUUGAAGAAAUAUCUGGAGACUCUGCCUUCUCUUUUUAAGCCAAUUGUAGGGGAACCCUUAUGGGUUUAUUUGUCAGCCACCCCUGAGGCUGUAGGGGCAGUGCUAGUCAAAGAACAUGAUCAUGUACAACGACCCGUGUAUUUCUUCAGCCAUUUAUUGAAGGGAGCCGAGGCCAGAUACACGGCACUCGAGAAGUUGGUUUACGGAUUGGUUCUUAUGGUUCUGCGGCUACGACCUUACUUUUUAUCGCAUCCAAUCACAGUAUUGACCAAUAGCACCAUGGGAAGAGCAUUGACCAAUGUUGAAGUUGCGGGCCGACUUAUUAAAUGGGUCACUGAGUUGGGAGAAUAUGAUAUACAAUAUCAGCCCCGCACCACUAUUAAAGCACAAGCCCUGACAGAUUUCUUAACAGAGGUACAUCAAAACAGCUCUGAAGAAACAUGGAAGAUCUAUGUAGAUGGGUCUGUCAAUCAUCAAGGAAGCGGAGUCGGGGUCCUAGUAAUAUCUCCGCAAGGAGAUAUACUCCAGGUGGCAGUACGGCUGAAUUUUUGGGCCACUAAUAAUGAAGCAGAGUACGAGGCUUUGUUGGCUGGGUUGCAAGCAGCCCGACAUGUCGGGGCAGCCCGGGUAAUCAUCUAUUCAGAUUCUCAGUUAGUGACUCAACAGAUUACUGGCAACUUCGUUAUAAAUUGUGAUAAAUUACAAAUAUAUCGAGAAGCUUACGAAAAGAUGAAAGUAGAAUUUGCAGAAGUCACUGUAACAAAGAUACCCAGGUCGGAGAAUGAGCGGGCGGAUGAGCUAGCAAAGAUGGCCAGUUCCUUAACUACUUGGGUAUUAGAUCGAUCAAUAGCACAAACCUUCCUGAUAGCCCAGAUAGAUUUGCAAAACAACGCGGGGGUAACUAUUGACUGGCGGACACCCGUGAUAAGUUAUCUCAGGCAAGGGGUCUUACCUACAGAUCCAGAAGAGUCUCGAUUAAUAAGAAGGCAGGCUCAUGCUUAUGUCAUGAUUGGGGACCAGCUCUACAAAAGAUCCUUCUCUCAACCUUUACUUAAAUGCUUGGGCAUGGAGGAAGCCGACCAAGCCUUGCAGGAAAUACACUUGGGAUGUUGUAGAAACCAUGUAGGAGGUCGGACGUUAUCUCGCAAGGUGCUCUUGGCCGGAUAUUUUUGGCCUACUUUACAAAGGGAUGCGCAGAGGUUGGUGAACACCUGCUUGUCCUGCCAGAAACAUCAGAACUUGACACAUCAACCUACAGCUCUGUUGAGAACGUCCAUCGUAUCCUGUCCUUUCGAUCAGUGGGGUAUGGAUAUUGUAGGACCAUUUCUGAUGGCACCAGGUCAAAGGCGUUUCUUAUUGGUGGUCGUGGAUUAUUUUUCUAAGUGGAUAGAAGCAGAGGCCUUGGCCCGGAUUACAGAGGGUGCGGUUAUUCAAUUCUUGUGGAAGAACAUCCUCUGCCGAUUUGGUAUCCCUCAUAAGCUGGUGUCUGACAAUGGAAGGCAGUUUCAAGGGCAGAGAAUACAGGCCUGCAAUGACCAGACUGAAGUAGUUAACAGAGAAAUAGUCCGGGGUUUGAAGGUUAAGCUAGAUCAUGUAGGAGACAAUUGGGUGGAAGAGCUACCAAGCAUUUUAUGGGCUUAUCGUACAACACCUUGGGAAAGCACAGGUCUGACGUCAUUUCACCUGGUUUAUGGUAAUGAGGCAGUGGUACCCAUAGAAAUUGGUAUACCGUCAGUUAGAAGGAUACUCUAUGAUGAAGGAAAUACGGAGCGACGGCUAGCGGAGCUAGAUCUUAUUAGCGAAACUCGAGAUCGAACGAUGGCUCGGCUAGAAGCUUAUCGGCAAAGAAUGAGACAAAAUUACAACCGAAGAGUAGUUCCCCGAUUCUUUCGGGAGGGAGAUCUGGUCUGGAAGCAAAUCAAGCCAGUAGGGGAUGUGACUAAGUUGGCACCACAAUGGGAUGGACCGUAUAAGGUCAUUAAGAAGUUGGUCUCUGGAGCUUAUUAUUUGCAAGAUGAACGAGGCAAGAAGCUGGAUCGGCCCUGGAGCGCUAAUUAUCUGCGACCUUAUAGAGUCUGA